AAAACUCAGAUUCUGAGACCGAGGAGGUGGACAACCUGUAUCGGGAAGCCACCAUGCCUCUGGAUGAGGUCAUGGCACAGUACACAGAGAACCCUCAAAUUGCCAGAUGUAAAAAAGAGAAGCCUUAUGCGGAAUUUGCUAUGAAUAUGAAGGAAGAGCCUGGCUUUGACAGUGGAUGCACAGCCUGCCUAGCACUGAUCAAAGACAAUGAGCUCUAUGUGGCCAAUGUGGGCGAUUCACGCUGCGUUGUGUCCAGAGAUGGCAAAGCAAUUGAGAUGAGUCUUGACCACAAGCCAGAGGAUGAUCCUGAGGCAGCAAGAAUCAUCAGAGCAGGAGGGAGAGUAACAGCUGAUGGAAGGGUCAAUGGAGGACUCAAUCUCUCAAGAGCUAUUGGUGACCAUGGCUACAAGCAAAACAAAAACCUCUCGGCAGAGGAACAAAUGAUCAGUCCGCUCCCUGACGUUCGUUCCAUGACACUAGAACCCAAAGAUAACUUCAUAAUUGUUGCCUGCGAUGGAAUCUGGAACUCACUUUCAUCUCAGGAAGCCUGUGACUUUGUCUGUGAGAGGUUGAGUGAGGAUACGAAGCUCUCAAAGAUUUGUGAGGAGUUAUUUGACCACUGUCUAGCCCCAGACACUCAUGGGGAUGGCACAGGCUGUGACAACAUGACGUGCAUCAUCAUCAAGUUGAACAAAUUGAAGGUGGAGUCAAGUGGGAGUGCCAAGAGAACUUCUGACGAAGCUGGCAAUGAUGGGAUCAAGCAGGAGGACAAGAAAUUCAAAAGUGACGGCGAAUAAUGACCAAUAGGGCAUAGGAGAUUUUAUUUUCAAACUAGUGUUUAGGGUUGGGGCGGGAGGGAUUCCAGGGGUAGGGGGUCUUUGCUGGAACCUAGUGUUGUUGUUUCACUUCCCCAUGGGCCAGCCUUGUGAGGAAAUGGACGCAGGAAGGCCGUGUGUCUGCAGAUUGCUCUCUCACUUUCAACAGAUGGACCAGAGAUGAGAAUGCUGCAAUGAACUGUAGUGCAACUGUUGUACAACUCUUGCAUGAUUGUGAGAAGUGUGGCCAUCUCAAAAUCAAGAGGUUACAGUAUCAAAGUGAAACCUUUAGGGUGAAGGAAUUAUGCCAGAAAGAGACCGUAAGUUAUCUCUCUUUUAAAAUCACAGUGGCGGUUGAGGACCAAA